UAUAAUACGCCUCUCCGGCUAGCACUCCCCCUCCCAGCCAAAUCUGACGAGUAGUGCUGAGACCCAUCCCCCUCCAUUUCUGCAUAAGCUAUCCAUCACCUACCUGGUGUGCAAACGGUGUGCAUGCUAGGCAUGGCGGAGUGCAAAGGCAGAAGCCAACACUCCCCAUCCUCGUCCAUGGACAGCAGCAAUCACCCGGCGCUCUCCACCACGGCGUCGCCUUGCCGGCCGGACAGGCAGGACCUCAGCACCGACCUCCGGCUAGGACUUAGCCUCUCCACAUCGCCCUCCUCGUCCUCCUCCUCCCUCCACGAGGCUGAGAGCAUCAUUUCUAACCCAAGCAGGAACCAAGUACUCUUCAAUUGGCCGCCCAUCAAACCGUUCCUCCGGAGCGCUCUUGCAGCAUCGGCUAGCAGGCACCGGCUGCAGCGCACACUGUUUGUCAAGGUAUACAUGGAGGGUCUUCCAAUCGGCAGGAAGCUGGAUUUGCUUUUGCUGGUUGGCUACGAAAGCCUCCUCGUCAAGCUCUGCCACAUGUUUAAGACCCCCAUCACCUAUGCUGCCGUAUACCAUCAACAAGUUCCUGCCGUGAAGGCUGCUCAUAUUCUCACCUAUGAAGACCAGGAUGGUGACUGGAUGAUGGUUGGUGACGUACCCUGGGAGCUAUUCCUGACCAGUGUAAAGAAACUAAAGAUCACAAGAGUGGGAUAAUGCUAAGUAGCAAGCUUGAUUCAUGUGGCUCACUAUAUUUUUUGUUUUGUUCUCUUUUCGGUAGAUUAGUUGAGAAAUAUUUAAUUGAAAGCAGAUGUUAAUCUGUGGUUAUACUAACUGUGUGCAGUAUACAACUUCCACCUUCCUGCCUUAUAUGCCUUAUAAUUACUUCAAAUACUCUCAUUCUUUUUGUUGUUUCAUUGCCUGGCUUGUAAUACCAUUCCACCUUGGUGGAUCAAAUUUGUGGCAUCUAUCUUGUCUUGCCAGUAAAGAGUAUUUCCCAA